AAUUUGCAAUCGCAUUUACAUUUACAUUCAGAUAGAGAUACAAACAUUUCGUUUGGUGCGUUUCACAAUUGCGGACUCAGAUUUCUGUAGAAAAUUUUCUUUUUCGUUGAUUCAUUACAUUAAAAACAAAUAAAGAAAGCACCAUCAACAUGUUGAUCAAAGUGAAGACAUUGACUGGAAAAGAAAUCGAAAUCGAUAUCGAACCCACGGACAAAGUCGACCGUAUCAAGGAACGGGUCGAAGAAAAGGAGGGAAUUCCACCACAACAACAACGUUUAAUCUUUUCCGGAAAGCAAAUGAAUGACGACAAAACGGCAUCCGAUUACAAGGUUCAAGGUGGUUCGGUUCUCCAUUUGGUCCUGGCACUUCGUGGUGGAUUAAUCGGCUAAGAAAUUAAGAGCAACUUACAGAAAAUAAGAAAAAAAUUCUCUAAAAUAACCAAAUUUUUCGCUUCAUCUUCAUUUCCGAUCACCUUGAUCUCAACUGAACCGUUGAGCGAAAAUGUUUAACCAAUUCAUCAAUAAACUUUAAACAAUUUGUAUGAAAUAAAUCAGUGUGUUCAUUUUGCAUUUAUUCUGAUAAUUGGAACGGAGUUCUUUUGGAUUUGAUUCUUUGGUACGAAGUGCCUGCCUGCAAGCAUCACUUUUUCAUUAUUUGACAGUUCGUUGAUGUUCACUGAUGUCUGAAUUGCCGCCCUGUGGUUGCCCCCUGAACUAACUGUCAACUAUACCGGUUAACGAGCGAAAAGUGGAAGUCUUUGUUUACAGACCAUAUCGAACAUUCACAACAUUUGGGUUGAUUUUUGAAGAAAUUCCAUUGUUCACAAUUAUUUAAAUUGAAUACAUCACAUUUUCGAGCGAAAAAUAAUAUAUUCCGAUAAAUAUUGUGAUCACACGUUUAAGUUUUUUCAUUCGAUUGUGAAAUAACAAGAAUCAGUUUGUUUUGUACGUGCAGCAACGACCUACGCAAAAUUUUCGAUACCAUUUCCAAUCGCUGAGUCCACAUUUUGUUUUAUGAAUAUAGGCUUUGAUACGAACUAACUUCACUGGUCUAUCACGCAAUUCAAUCUCUUCACAACUAAUGACCACAACAAAUCACAAUGGAUCCACAAAAUAUGGAAGAGGAACAGACGAGCAAAGUAAAUGAGCGGCAACAGAACACGGUAACGGACCAACCGCCACCAAUCUUCAAACUGAUGGACUCUAAGGAUUGUGAUGGCUUGAAUAAAUUGUUGGAUUAUCUGCCAAUCGACGAUCUACAUUCUCUGGGGCAAACAUGCGAACGUAUGCAACGAGCUGUUGGCCGUUUUUAUCAACAACGAUUGACAGAACAUGUUAUCUACCAUGAUAGCAAAUAUGUUGGCCUACGAAAAUAUGCUAAAGUCCUGACUGUUUCAGGCCAAUUGACCGAAGUUGAUUGGAAGCGGUUCGAAUCGGUCAAGCGAGUGCUUUUCUGGUUGGAUCUCUUCUCUCACAUAAAAAAGAUGCCCAAACGAAUUCCAAUCAAAAUCGAACAUGCUGCAUUUGAUAAAGUGUUUCGUUUGAAGAAAAAUGAAAUUUUUUUUGACGGACUUUGUGCACACCUACAACGUUUGGAGAUUUGGGAUGCCAAUGAUGAUGAGUGGCUCAGCCGGAAAUACCCAAAACUGGAGCACUUUGCGUGGUAUCUGGCGGAAAAAACGCACUUAUUGCAAACAUUUUUCCAACUGAAUCCGGCCAUUCGUUCAUUUUCAACGGUAUCAUCGUUUUGCUUGUUGAACAAAUCCUCAUUGAAGAAAGUCAAAUUGGACGACCUGUUUAUUUUUGGCUCCACACAACCGGCUGUCUGUGAUCUCUUGAAUACUCUACAUUCCAAGGACGUGUACAAACAAUUGUAUAUUACGUCGGAUGCCUAUCAAGAGAAUAUUGAUCGACUGAACUCGCUGAAAUCACUCGUUGGAUUCGCCAUGUACGAUAUAAUAGAAGGGAUCGAUUUGUCACGACUAGUAAACCUUAAAGUGCUGUCAUUCAAAACGCCUCCAGAGAACAUCAAAAACAUCACAAACAAAGCGGAACUAGCGCGGAGCCUUGAACAUCUCGAAGAGGUUCGUUUUUGGGUGGCCCAUAUCGGUGACAUUCUACCGUUUAUUCAAUGGUCAAUCAAGUUGAAGAAGGUCAUCGUCGACAACCCACUUUUGGAUGAAAACGGGGCCAUCGAUUCAGUCGCAAUGAAUUGUGAGCGUGAAAAACUAUUGACGAACACAUUGAUGGUCAGCAAAGUGACGAUUUACAUCUCCGAAUCGAAUUACUUGGCAACAAAGUGGAAAACACCAGAAACAAACUUGAAGAUGAUCGAAAUUCAACGUCGUGCAUCAUGGGCAUCAUCUUGGUUUUGGCAUUUGGAGUUAUUCUGAUGGCAUGAGUUUUGAUUGCUUUCAAUUAAUCCACGAAAAGUUACCAAUGGAAUAAACAAAUGUUACUUUUUAUAUUUGAGUUAUGAAAAUAAACAAAGCGAAAUGAAUUUAAGUUGAAAUAUUGUAGGAUUAGAUGUUUUUGGACUGAAUUUUGGAUUCAAUAAACCAUAAAGAUUUGUAGGAUAU